AUGGUGUCCCUUCGGGUGGGGCUAGUUUGGCUAGUGCUUGCCCAAUGCUGCUGGGCGUGCAACAAGGUACCGGUGUCCAACGGCCGUGCGGUGACCAAGGAGAAGAAACCGGGCGAUAACGGAUACAGGCUGGCCGUGCGCAACGAACCCAGCGGCUACGAGCCGGGCAAGAUCUAUAAUUUAUUCCUGGUCGGUUCCCGGACGCACGUCAAGCUGCAGCAGUUCACGCAUUUCAUGCUCACGGCGCAGGCUACCACGGGAACGGCUAAAAACGCGCGCACGUUCAUUGCCGGUCCGAAACGGGUCGGGCGCUUCCAGCUGUUCAGCGAUUCGUUGACCAAGUUCUACGACCACUGCGUCAACACCGUUACCCAGGCGGACGAUUUCCCCAAAACGGAGAUCCAGGUGAUGUGGGUGGCACCGGCCAGCGGUUCCGGAUGCGUUAGCCUGUCGGCCAUGGUGUUCGAAGGGGAGGACUCGUGGUACUCGGACGACGGCGCACUGACCAAGGUGCUCUGCGAGAUCAAACCGGACCCGACGGCGGUCAAGGGCGAAUGCUGUGCUUGUGACGAGGCUAAGUAUAAUUUCGUUUUCGAGGGAAUCUGGUCCAACGAAACGCACCCGAAGGACUUCCCGUUCGCCGUAUGGUUAACUCACUUUUCGGAUGUUAUUGGUGCUUCGCACGAUACUAAUUUCUCGUUUUGGGGUGAAAAUCACAUUGCUACCGAUGGUUUCCGGUCGUUGGCUGAAUGGGGUUCGAUUCGUCAACUGGAGCAAGAACUGAGAGCUAAAGGACCGCGGUUGAGGACGUUGAUCAAAGCGGCUGGACUGUGGUAUCCCAGGGUGAACUCGAAUACCACAUCGAACUUCAGGGUUGAUAGAAAGCAUCACAAGGUUUCGUUGGCGUCCAUGUUUGGUCCAUCUCCGGAUUGGGUCGUAGGAGUUAGCGGGUUGGAUCUCUGCAGCGAAGACUGUACCUGGGUGGAGUCACUGGAUGUUGAUCUGUAUCCAUGGGACGCUGGCACUGACAGCGGAAUCAGCUAUAUGUCUGCGAAUGCUGAAACUCAGCCACGAGAGAGGAUGCACCGAAUUACAACGCUAUAUCCAGAAGAUCCCCGAGCGCCAUUCUAUAACUCGAAAUCUAAGGAAAUGAUCCCGUUGGCCAGGGUCUACUUCCGCCGGGAGAAGGUCAUCCAUAGGAACUGUGAUGACGAGUUUCUUCAAGCACAGGUACUGGAGCUCGCGGAGAAUACUGAAGAAGCCAGUAGGCCUGAAUGUGAGACAACCGGUUACAGCGAAUGGACGCCUUGUUCGGUAACAUGUGGAAAAGGAAUUCACAUGAGAACGCGUGAAUAUUUGAAACCAGAACAGGCUGCGCGAUUCCAAUGCAACAGACAGUUGAUUUCGAAGGAGAUGUGCGUAGCGGAUGUUCCAGAGUGCCCCGAUGGACAAGAACCGGAGGAUAGCUCGGAAGAUAUCCGUAAGACAGCUGCAGCGGUUGAUGAUGAUGGAGAGGGUAUUGGAGUGUGUAAAACAACGAAGUGGAGUGAAUGGUCAGAAUGUUCAGCAUCUUGCGGAAUCGGCGUCAGCAUGAGGACCAGGACUUUCAUCAAUCAUAUGGGCCGAAAGAAGUGUCCUCAUAUCAGUGUUGUGGAAAAGGAGAAAUGUAUGCAACCGGAGUGUACGCUGACUGACGGAGAAGCUCCGGAUGCGAUGUGUCCAACGACAGUGUGGAGCGACUGGAGUCCGUGCAGUGCAACUUGUGGAAAGGGAGUCUCGAUUCGCACUCGUCUUCUGUUGGUUGGCCCAGAGCUGCAGGAAAAGUGUUCUCAACGGUUGGAACUGAACCAACAGAGACCAUGUUCGGAUAAGGCCGAUUGUUCGAUUGACUUGACCACUGCCAGAGAAAUUUGUGCCCUAGCUCCAGAGACAGGCCCUUGCAGAGGAAAAUAUCAACGAUACGCGUACGAUGCUGAAAGAGGCACCUGUCAGCCGUUCUUCUAUGGCGGAUGUCGUGGAAAUCGUAACAACUUCCUAACCAGUGAGGAUUGUGUUCAAACUUGUCGAAACACCAGAGAUCAAGCUUCAAACCAACACCGUCAUGCCACCGUAGGACCAAGUCGUCAUGCACAUGAUCUUGAAGCGGGAUUACCCGUGGACUGUGUCCUGUCCGAUUGGACCGAGUGGAGCUCGUGCAGUGUGACCUGCGGAACGGGUCGAUCCGAACGCUACCGCAAUGUGGUGGUUCCGGCACGAAACGGCGGUCAACCGUGCCCCAACAGACAAAUCAAGCGACGAAGGUGCACUGGGCCUCCGUGCCAGUGAGCAAGUAGGGGUUGGAAUCAAUAGACUAUAGUAAGUAAAAUUUUGAGCAGAAUACUCACUACUCAGAUCGAACC